AUGCCCACGGUUGUUAUCCUGGACGCCUGCAGUCCCAUCGGCCUCAAAGCCCUUGAGCUGGUCACCCUAUCGCACGCCUCGUUCCGAGUUCGCUGCGUGGAACGCGCCGGUGAAAAUGGAGGUGCCAUACUGCGUGCACAAUUCCCCAUGCUGCUACGUACGACCGUCUUGGAGCGCUACCUUGACGACACCAACGCCUUAGCCCGCUGCAUCGACAAGUGCGGUGUCGUUAUCGCGUGCAACCCAGCAGACAUUGCCCUCGUCUCCAAAGCGCUGGAACUCUGCCAUGCUCAUAGACGACCUCGACUUGUCGCCACCCUGCACGACUUGGCGAAGGAAAUGCGGGAAUUGACCCGCCGAGAGCCCGCACGUCUGUCACACUGCCACUUUGCAGACGCCGGGGUGGAGAUGAUUGAGAGCGGGUCUACCGCCGGCUAUUGA